AUGGCGGCGGCUCCUUCCUCCUCGGAAACCUCCGCCCGCCCCCACCCGGCCCCUCGCCGCUACGCCCGCCGCCCCGCCCCGCCCCCGCCGCGCCGCUCGCCGCCCGCGGCGCCGCCACAGCCGCCGCCGCCGCCGCCGCCGCCCCGCGCUACCUCGGCCCGUAGCCCGCUGUGCCGGCGCCCCCGAUGUCGCCGCCGGGCUGAGCUGACUCUGCUGCUCUGCCCCCUCCCUCGCCCGCCGCCGUCGCCUCCCUCCCUCCCUCCUUCCCAGCCUCUCCGCAUGGCGGCGGCCGCGGCUCCUCCUCCACACAAGAUGGCGAGAGCUCGGCCGCUGCGGCCGCCGCGGCGUCACGGCUUCCUGGGCGCGGCGGGCAAGGGUCGGGAGAGACCGGCAGCCAGCUCGGGUCGGGAAGCUGAGCCGGGGUGGCCCGGAGGCCGCGGCGAGGCCAGGGCGCACCUCCACCCAGGGACGUGCAGAAAAACGGGGCCUGCGGGGCCGAUGCGGUCGGCGAGUCCGCGGGAAGGGCGGCCGGGGAAAGCGGGAGCCGGGAGCGCGCCCUCGGUCGUGGGCUUCCAAGCCCAGAGUGCAGGCGAGUACAAGGAACUGGCCUUCUACAGUAACAGCACCGAAAUCCCCCUACAGGACAGUAACUUCUGCUCUACGGUGGAGGGACCCCUACUGACUUCCUUCAAGGCAGUGUUCAUGCCUGUGGCUUACAGCCUCAUCUUCCUCCUGGGGAUGAUGGGAAACAUCCUGGUGCUCGUGAUCUUGGAGAGGCACCGGCACACCCGGAGUUCAACUGAGACCUUCCUGUUCCACCUUGCAGUAGCGGACCUUCUCUUGGUCUUCAUCCUGCCUUUUGCAGUGGCUGAGGGCUCUGUGGGUUGGGUCCUAGGGACCUUCCUCUGCAAAAUUGUGAUCGCUCUGCACAAGAUCAAUUUCUACUGCAGCAGCCUGCUUCUGGCAUGCAUAGCUGUAGACCGUUACCUGGCCAUCGUCCAUGCCGUCCACGCCUACCGCCGCCGUCGCCUCCUCUCCAUCCACAUCACCUGCACAGCCAUUUGGCUGGCCGGCUUCCUGUUCGCCUUGCCGGAACUCCUCUUUGCCAAGGUUGGCCAACCUCAUAACAAUGACUCCUUACCACAGUGUAUCUUCUCCCAAGAAAACGAAGCCGAAACGAGAGCCUGGUUCACCUCCCGUUUCCUCUACCACAUCGGGGGCUUCCUACUACCGAUGCUCGUGAUGGGCUGGUGUUACGUGGGGGUGGUCCACAGACUACUGCAGGCCCAGCGGCGCCCUCAGCGGCAGAAGGCAGUCAGGGUGGCCAUCUUAGUGACAAGCAUUUUCUUUCUCUGCUGGUCGCCCUACCAUAUUGUCAUCUUCCUAGAUACAUUGGAGAGGCUGAAGGCUGUGAACAGCAGCUGCGAGCUGAGCGGCUACCUCUCUGUGGCCAUCACCUUAUGUGAAUUCCUGGGCCUGGCCCACUGCUGUCUCAACCCCAUGCUCUACACCUUCGCUGGCGUCAAGUUCCGCAGUGACCUGUCUCGGCUUCUGACCAAGCUGGGCUGUGCUGGCCCGGCCUCCCUCUGCCAACUCUUUCCCAGCUGGCGUAAGAGUAGUCUCUCUGAGUCAGAGAACGCUACCUCACUCACCACCUUCUAG